CAGUAAGAGCUGUGUCAGAGUUACAGACAGGGUGGUGGUGGGUGGUGCUGUUGGACGUGCUCCUCCCUGUCUCUAACUUCUGCUUUGACUCGUGGUGUUUCUGUGGUUUAACGGACUCAGACUUGACGAAGCUUCAGACGGAGACGCAGCUGAGACGACGACACAACGACCGUCACUGAAUGACCUCAUCAUUAUGACCUCCAUGGAUGACAUCAUGAACAUUACAGCGUUCACCACCGAGGAUCCCUUCUCUGUCAGCCCCUUCUCCACCACUGAGGACUAUGAAGACUACGACAGCCUGAUGUGUGACCGGGCGUCGGUGCGGGAGUUCAGGGGCCGGUAUGAGCCGCCACUCUUCUGGAUCAUCGCCUUGGUGGGUGGAGCUGGGAACAUGGCCGUGGUGUGGAUCUACCUAAACUUCCGGCGGCGGCUGAAGACCAUGUCGGACGUGUACCUGCUGAACCUGGCGGUGGCCGACCUGCUGUUCCUGGUCACGCUGCCUCUGUGGGCGGCCGAGGCAUCACACGGCUGGCGCUUUGGCUCCGCCCUGUGCAAGCUGAACUCUGCCCUCUACAAGGUGAACCUGUUCAGCAGCAUGAUGCUGCUCACCUGCAUCAGCGUCGACCGCUACGUCGUCAUCGUGCAGACCACCAAGGCCCAAAACUCACAGAUGGAGAGGCGCCGCUGCAGCCGGCUGGUGUGCCUGGUGGUCUGGCUGCUGGCGCUGCUGCUCGCCACGCCCGAGCUUGUGUUCGCCACCACGGCGGAGGUGGACUCGCAGCAGUACUGCAGGAUGGUGUUCCCUGCUCACAUGGGCAACCGCACCAAGAUCCUGGUGCUGUCCCUGCAGGUGAGCAUGGGCUUCUGCCUGCCCUUCAUCAUCAUGGCGUUCUGCUACAGUGUCAUCAUUGUCACGCUGCUCAAGACCCGAAACUUCCAGAAGCACAAGGCCAUGCGUGUCAUCCUGGUGGUGGUGGUAGUGUUCAUUGUUUCGCAGCUGCCCUACAAUGGCGUGCUUGUGAUGGAGGCAGCGCAGGCAUCCAACAUGACCAUGACGGACUGCGACGAGGUGAAGCGCUUCGACAUGGUGGGACAGGUGUUGAAGAGUUUGGCUUACAUGCACGCCUGCCUCAACCCCUUCCUCUAUGCCUUUGUUGGCGUGCGAUUCCGCAAAGAUGUUCUGCAGCUGCUGCAGUGCUGCUUCAGCUGCUGCGGUUGGCAGCCGGCGACCACCAAGGGUCAGCUGAGCAAGAGCAGCAGGAGUCCACUGAGCUCAACCCGGGCGUCUGUGAUGUCCGACAGCGACACGUCACAGCACCUGUCCCUGUGAAGAGCACUUCCUGUUUGAGCUGCAGCAGCCGCGACAAGAAACAAUACAGCACAUCAUCACUCCUUCAUCACUCCAUCACUCCUUCAUCACUUCCAUCACUCCUUCAUCACUCCUUCAUCACUCCCUCAUCACUCCCCAUCACUCCCUCAUCACUCCUUCAUCACUCCUUCAUCACUCCCCAUCACUCCUUCAUCACUCCUUCAUCACUCCCCAUCACUCCCUCAUCACUCCUUCAUCACUACUUCAUCACUCCCUCAUCACUCCUUCAUCACUCCUUCAUCACUCCUCAUCACUCCUUCAUCACUCCCCAUCACUCCUUCAUCACUCCCCAUCACUCCUUCAUCACUCCCUCAUUACUCCUUCAUCACUCCCUCAUCACUCCCUCAUCACUACUUCAUCACUCCCCAUCACUCCUUCAUCACUCCCUCAUUACUCCUUCGUCACUCCCUCAUCACUCCUUCAUCACUACUUCAUCACUCCCCAUCACUCCUUCAUCACUCCCUCAUCACUCCUUCAUCACUCCUUCAGUUUAGCUUCAGCUACUCUUGAAACCUCUGAAAUGUUGGUUGUGUCAGUUCAGAGACAUUGACAGAGAUCAGACUUUAACAAAUUCAAACCACAAGAUUGUUAACUUGGAAUCAAAAAGACCUUGAAUGUAUUACCCUGACAUCUUAUAACGUCUUUUCAGAACCCCAGGAACCCUUUCAAUCCUCUGGACUUUCUCAGGACUUUCCCAGGACUAUUUCUAGUGCUCACUUAGGACUUUCUCUGGACUUUUUUGGACUUUCCCAGGACUGUUUCCGGGACUAUCUCAGGACUUGCCUGUAUAUUAAAUGUGAAUGUUUGAUUUUUAGCUGCUGUUGUUGGAGAGUGUUGGGUCAUAUGACCCCAUUUUUUCCUCACACUGUAUUGUUGUUACCUGAGCGGGAAAAGCAUCACAGGAGCCUUAGACUGAGCCAACGCUGCGUUUCUGUUGCAUAAAUGAUCUUUGUUUAAUAAAACGCAGCCAAACUGUUCAGAUUUAUCUCUGUCAGACUGAUGAUUGUCAUCCACCACUGAACAGUGCUGCUAACAGAUGCUAAAAGGAGCAGCAGGAUGCUAAUGUGGACAUUUAUUUUCCUGGAUGUUUUCUGAUGUAAAUAGUUUUCUGAAUGUUUUUUUGUUGCAUAUAUUUACGUGUAUCAUUUCUGUGAUUCAGACUGAAGUAAAUUGUCACUUUUGUUUCUGAUAAACAUUAAAGUGUGAGUAAAACCUG